AUGAGAAAAAGUCAUGCAGAGCAAGACAGCCAUCAGAAAUCAGGCUGUAAACUGACCCUUCCUGCUCUGUAUGACGAUAAAAGGCUCUUGCUCCAAAGGCAACAGUUUAAGAGGGACAAAAUGCUGAACCGGGAUGAACUCUACUUAACCCUACAGGGAGUUGAUAUUUCUAAGGUUAAUGGGGCCUAUAGCAACACCAUGGGGCACCUCAAAUCUCGUCACAUGGAGAUUAGCUAUUGGCAGGCCCUUAUUAAAGAGAGCAUCCAUCUGGUGGACAGUGAAAUUGCCUAUGUGGAGCAGAUGAAAGAGAUGGUAGAGCACUGCCUCCAUGAGAGGAAGGUGUACAGUCAGCUCAUGGGUCGCUGUGUGGCUCUCAGCAGAUGCUUGGGCUCAGCCAGUCUGAACCACGACCAGGUCUUUGUCCAGCUGAAGAAAGAGGAGCGUCUGGCCAUGGAAAACAGGGAGGUGCUAAAGAAGCAGGCUGUUAUCAUCCUCAACAAACUAAGGCUAAAAAAAGAUUUCCAAGACAAGCUCGAAGCCUUAAAAGUCACCACCAGAUGCAUCACAUUUGAGAUGACAACCCAAUGCUCUGGCUUGACUGCUGGCCCACUCAAACCAACCCAUGUGAGCUAUGAGCAGUGGCUGUCUCAGUGUCAACACCUGAAGAUGAUGGCUGAUAAACUUGUGAGGGACUCAACAAAUUGCAGAGAAAAGCUGCAGUUCCUCCUGCUCAAUCUGAACGGUUCCAGUGAGCGCCAGCACUGCAGGACCGGCGAAUCACUCAGGAGGAAGAUCCAUGACCUGACUGUGAUCGGUGAUAGACUGAAUAUGGAGAAACAUCGGGCAGAACCUUGACGUAGCACACCAACGUCUGACCUUUGUGGAGGACAAACUGGCUAGAAAUGCUCAACUCAUUGAGGUAGCUCAGAGGUGCCAGAACAUCCACCAGAGCUUCAGGCAGGCUGUCAACUC